CCCUUCUCCAGGAUCAUCCUUUGUGUGAGGGCUCAGGCAUGCUGUCUGAGACUCCUGAAGCCCGCUCUCAGCUCAUAUAGCCUCGAAUAUUUCAUGUGAGCGCUCUCAGCAGAAAUCCGACCGCGCGCCUCGAACCUACAUAUUUCUCAGUAUGGGUGUGUCCACGAACUCCCCAGUACAUCCCAAAAGCGCCUCUACAGAGAUACAAGCCGCCAAAGCGAAAGCCUUGACCGUGAUCAGAGCCACAGAAACAUCAGCCUCAUCCCCGAUAUCGAAACCCUCCAGCCCCGGCGAGGAUGGCGGCGAACGAGACCUAGCAGAAGAGCUCAACGCUCAAACACGAGCACGAUACAAGAAAGGCAAACUCCUCGGCGAAGGAACCUACGCCAAUGUCUUCCUCGGCCACGACACCACCUCACCCAACACGCUCGUAGCCAUCAAAAAGACCAAAAAGCUCGACUCCUUCAAAGACGGCAUGUCCAUCGACACCAUCCGCGAGAUCCGCUUCCUCCAAGAACUCAAACACCCAAACAUCAUCAACCUCAUGGCCGUCUUCUCCUCCAAGGACCAGAACGUAAACAUGGUCAUCGAGCUCCUGCCCCGCGGCGACCUCAAAACAAUCUACUACCGCGGCGCCGACGCAAAGGGGCCCGAGGUCAGCUACACCGGCGCCGACAUCAAGGCCUGGAUGGCCAUGCUCAUGCGCGCCGUCUGGUUCUGCCACGAACACUUCGUCAUGCACCGCGACAUCAAAGGCGACAACCUCCUCAUCGCCGCCGACGGCUCCCUCAAACUCGCCGACUUUGGUCUCGCCCGCAGCUUCGCCGACCCAGGCACCCGCAUGACCCCCGAGAUGGUCACCUCCUUCUACCGGCCCCCCGAGCUCUUCCUCGGCGCAACACACUACAGCGCCGCAGUCGACAUCUGGAGCUGCGGCAUCGUCCUCGGCGAACUCGUCAAGCGCGACUACUGGGUCCCCGGCCACACCGACCUCGAAAUCUUCACCCGCAUCACCGAAGUCUUCGGCUCCCCCUCCGAAGCAAACUGGCCCGGCGUCACCAAACUGCCCAACGCCCCCCUGAUCAACCCUUCAGACGACAGCGCCCCGAGACCCCCCGGCAUGCCGACCGAGCAAUGGAACCGCGAGUUCGGACAGCUCGGCCCCAUCGGCAUCGACCUGCUGCGCAGCAUGACCAGUCUGGACCCGCGCAAGCGACCGACAGCAAAGCAAAUCCUCGCACAUGACUGGUUCCGCACCGCGCCCGCGCCAACGAAAACGGAAUUACUCCCGCAGGCUGGCGGAGGUGGUGGACCCGUAAAGAUGGCAGAGGACCUGAAGCGGAAGCCAGGCGAGGCGCCGUCGGAUGGCAGGGCAGAUAAAGUUGCGCGCAAAAUCGAUUUUGGCAGCAUGAAGAAGUGAAUUUCUCUCAGUUGGCUCGGCUGGCUCUGGCUGGAGAGAAGUGAUUUGCUUUGGAUUGAUUCGUGGUCAGAGCUUGAGCUGAGACGGCUUCAUGGAUGGCAUUCAUUUGCAUUGAUGUCGAGGGCUCAGCGGCGCGCAUGCGCUCGCUUUGGCUUCACUGUCAGAGCUCGAAUAGCUCUGGAAGUAUACGCCUUCAAUGACCACGAAAGCUGUUGGACAGUAUCCAAAACAAUUGCCACGACUGACAUGUGCAUGUCGUAGAUUAGAUGGUACUAAACAGUGCAGUCUGGGCGUCGGUCGAGGCCUCGAGACUCGGUCAUAAAGACCUGCGGAGGAAAGAGAUAGGCACUCCUUUAUCCGUAAAAGAGGAGUAGACCUCAGCGUACCUAGAUGAAUACAGAAUCACUCUAUUGAGUGUAUAGAUAAUUAAUGAAUCUUUUUGAAUUGCUUCUUCA